AUGACAGAUUUUGCCCCUGAGAUGUCGGAUGCAUCUGUUCGAGAGUCUAUGGACUGCUCGAAGAAGACCUGGGUGUUUGUGCCAAUGCACAAGUUUGAUGCUGGUAUCAGGAUCAUGCAAUCAAGAGCUUUAAUCGAGAGGGAGACUACCACCCGAAUAGCGGAUUUAUGCUGGAAAAUCGACUCGCUUCUUCUUCUCCAAUUUCCACUGAACCAGAGUUUCAAGGCCCGAGCGAAAAGCAGAGCAGUUCGCGUCGCUCCCGCCGCAAUGCCCAAGAAGAAACCUUCCAAGUCCGAGAAAUCGGUCCCUUCUUCUCCGCCCGUCAGCGCAGCUCCGACCGAGAGAAGCGGGAUGGUGUUGAGGGUCAAGUCGAGCGAGAAGAUGAAGCGGCUGGCGCUGAUGAGCAGGGAGAGCGAGGAGGAGUGGAGGCCCAAGUCGGGAAGGAGCGUCAAGACGGCGGCGAGAGGGAAGAAGAAUGUCAAGCUCGACGCGAAGAUGCCCAAGAAGCCGCCCACCGCUUUCUUCUACUUCUUGGAGGAUUUUCGAAAGGAUUAUCAAGAGCAGAACCCAGAUGUCAAAUCAAUGCGGGAUAUUGGUAAGGCUUGUGGUGAGAAGUGGAAGACAAUGACUUACGAGGUUUGUGAUAUUUUUCCCUUUAAGUUCACCAGGCUUGUCUUAAAUGGUUCAUAA